AUGUUCAAGGCAUAUCUAGUCCUGCUAUCAGCCUCAUUGGCGCUAGCACUGCCUACUGGUUCGAGUUGCGCGAAUAGCCCCAAGGCUCCAGCUCUCCCCCAAACUGGUGGCGGUAAGUCAGAUGAGAGAGCCUGCCACCGGCUGAAGCCGCCGCUAACAGUGCAAUUAACAGCCAGCAACCUUCCACAGCCCCCAGAGGGUUCCAAGCUUCUCCACAUCGCCCUGGGCUUUGGUAUUCAGAACUAUACGUGCGCUAGCGUGGGCGCGAGCCCCGCGGCUACUGGUGCUCUGGCGAUGCUCUACGAUAUCACCAACUUCUAUCCCGGCCAAAGCAGUCAAUCUCUUUCACAAAAGGAUUGGGACAGCCUUACUUCCCGCGUUCUGCAGACACAAGAUGUGCCCUUGAACUUCAACUCAUCUACGGAAGGACGAGUUGAACCUGACUCUCCCGGCGCCUCUCAAACCGAUCCAUUCCCCAAAGACGCCCCCCUCGACCUCGAGUGUUCGAAAGCGCCCUUUCUGGGACACCACCUUUUCAACAGCGCUGGUGUCCCCGAGUUCAUCUUGGACGGUGGCAAGAUCAACGUGCUUGCUGGAAAGGACGCAGGGGUGGAUGCUCCCGCCAACGCGGACAAGGGACCAGACGGCACCGGCGCCGUUGCAUGGCUCAAACUCAGCGCAAAAGAGGGCACCGUGGGCGACGCAAAGUUGGUCUACCGUGUCUCAACAGCCGGAGGUAACAGCCACGGUUGUGAAAAUGCCGCCGGCCAAGAUAGCACCAAGUACACUGCCAUGUACUGGUUCUAUACAUAG